UGAUAACAUAUAAACUAUGAAUAAAUCAAUUGGAAAAUUUACUCUAAAAGAUGUGCUUUCUCAGGCUAAGCUUUGCAAGACCAACAUGAACAAUAUCAAAAUAAUAGGAAGAAUGGGAUCCGAAACUGUCAUUAAUUUAGGGUCUUGAAAUUUUAUGAAGAGUGUUAAUAAUUGCUCUUCCAGAUUUACACGUGGUACAAAUUUAAAUAUCCUCUCAGCGGCAAAUUUUGAGGUUUGAAGAGAUUUAUGCUAAACUAUGCAUAAAUUAAUUCCAACCACCACUCAUGUUCAUUUACUUUAGAGAGUUCUCAUGGUUAUUAGUAAUGCCCAGAAUACACUAAGAAUUUUAGGUAUAGUAUUAUCUACUAUUCUAAGCCUUCAAAAAUUUAAAGGAUGUCCUAAAGCACUCCAAAUCGCAGAAAUAUUAAUCAUAAAAUUAGAAAUUGUUCCGUGCUGAUUGUAAUCAGAUUAAUGCUCGAAUUUCGGGUUGUAAAAAUAAGCCGGCAGACUUGUGAAGGAGGGUCUUUUUGAAAGUAUGAAAAUUCUAUUAUUAAAUUUACUGUAAUCCGUAAAAAUAAGCAAAAAUUA